AUGUCCUCCUCCACCAUCACCUCCCGCAUCGUCUGGUCGGCCUCGCUCGACCCCACCAAGGCACAGGUGCCCACGGAGGAAACCAAGUUCCACCGCAAGACCUCCAUCAUCGCCACUAUCGGUCCCAACACUAACAAUGUCGAGAAGUUGGCGGAGUUGCGUCGCGCGGGUGUGAACAUCGUUCGGAUGAACUUUUCUCAUGGCGAGUACGAGUGGCACAAGAGCGUUAUCGACAACACCAGGAAGAUGGUCUCCCUGGACCCCACCGGUCGCCCCGUCGCGAUCGCUCUGGACACCAAAGGCCCCGAGAUCCGUACUGGGUUGAUGCGGGACAAGAAGGAUAUCCCCAUCAAGGCUGGCCAUGAGUUCAUCGUGUCCUCCGACCCCAAGUACUCUGAGAUCUGCGACGACAAGAUCAUGUACAUGGACUACAAAAACUUGCACAAGGUCACCGCGCCCGGCAAGCUCAUCUACGUCGAUGAUGGUAUCCUGUCCCUGCUUGUGCUCGGCGUCGAGGGCGAGAACGUGCGCGUUCGCGCUCUCAACAAUGGCACCCUCUCCUCGCGCAAGGGUGUCAACCUUCCCAAAACCGAUGUCGAUCUCCCCGCUCUUUCCGAGAAGGACAAGGCCGACCUCCAGUUCGGUGUCAAGAACGGCGUCGACAUGAUAUUCGCGUCUUUCAUCCGCCGCGCGGAUGAUGUGCGUGACAUCCGUCGCGUCCUCGGCCCGGACGGCGCGAACAUCAAAAUCAUCGUCAAAAUCGAGAACGAACAGGGUGUCGCGAACUUCGACGAGAUCCUUGCAGAGACCGACGGUGUCAUGGUCGCCCGUGGUGACCUCGGUAUCGAAAUUCCCGCCAGCCAGGUCUUCCUUGCGCAGAAGAUGAUGAUUGCCAAGUGCAACAAGGCUGGCAAGCCCGUGAUCGUCGCCACCCAGAUGCUCGAGUCCAUGACGUACAACCCUCGUCCCACUCGUGCGGAGGUCAGCGACGUUGCCAACGCCGUCAUCGACGGCGCUGACUGUGUCAUGCUGUCCGGCGAGACCGCCAAGGGUGCUUACCCCAUCCAGUCUGUGCUCAUGAUGGCGGAGACGUGCUUGCUCGCUGAGGCGGCUAUUUGCUACCCUGCUCUGUACGACGAGCUGCGUGCGGUCGCCCCGCGCCCCACGGCCACCCCCGAAACCGUUGCGAUCGCUGCGGUGGCUGCUGCUGCGGAGCAGAACGCGAGCGCUAUCAUCGUGCUGUCGACGAGCGGCAACACGGCUCGCCUCAUCUCGAAGUACCGCCCUGACGUACCCAUCAUCACUGUUACUCGCAACGAGCAGACUGCUCGCCAGAUCCACCUGCACAGGGGAUGCUACCCCUUCUGGUACUCCGAGCCGCGCGGCAUUGAGGCCCACCAGUGGCAGACGGAUGUCGACAACCGUAUCCGGUUCGGUCUGCGCAACGCGCUCAAGCUGAACCUGAUCAAGCAGGGCACGACGGUCGUCGCGGUGCAGGGCUGGAAGGGUGGAUUGGGCCACACGAACACGCUGCGUGUGCUGUCGGUGCCGACGGAUCACGCAGACCUGGCUCAGCAGCCUCUGGGCGCCUGA